GGAGGAAAGGAGAUAAACCGGAGAGAGAGGUGAGAUCGGAGUUAGAGGAAGCUUUGUUGCUAUUUCCGGGCGAGAAUCGGAGGUACGACUUUGGUGGCGGAGCCCCGAGAGAUUACAACUUCGCAGGCAGACGCCGAGCAGCAGUGACAAUGUCGCACGCGACGCUGGCCUUCUCGUCGGCAGGAUCCGCCACCGUCGCGGAUCUGUCUCGAGACUUGAGGGAUUUGGGGCAGGUCGUGGAUGCGUUGCAGAGGAAUUUGCUGAUUCAUCCGAAUCUUGAGCGUGAGCUCGAUCACCUCCGAGAAGGGAACCAGAAUAUUAUGAAUCGGGAGGAUUCCAUCAUCAAGGAGCUCGAGGGACUGCGGCUCGAAAUGAAGGAACUGCGGGCACAGCAAGCCGAAAUCAUGCAGAGGGAGAAUGACAUGAAGGAGGCUAUCUGCGACAUGAGGAAGGGUCAUAAGGAAGUCAAUGCCCGUCAGGAAGACAUGAAGCGCGAAAUCAUGCGCGUUGCUGGUUGCUGAACCCUUCGUGCGCAGAUUUCUUCUACGUGUCUACGAAGGAGUUCUAUCAGGUCUCUGUCCGCAUCCCAAUCAAUCGUGAUAACCUCCAAUAGACGGAGAUCCUUAAGUAUCAACAUUCGUUCACGCUUUAUCUGGUGAAAAUUGACAUGGGGUAUAUGGGUUUAAGAGGAAUUCAGAAACUUCAUGAUGAGCCCACGAGACCAAAUGGUGGACAAAGAAAUUCAGCGUGUGUCGUCAAGCCCAUUCCAGUGUGCCCUCACGUGGUUUCAGCAGAACGGUACCAAGAAACACUUGCACCAAACCCGAAUUCCAAGAGAUCAAAGCAAGCAACACAGAUACAAAACUUCACACACAUGUUAAACAUUUAGUGAC